AUGUUGCUGGUUGUGUUCCUGUUUGCGCUGACUCUCCGCUUCGAGAGAACUGAAGCUCUGCCCUGUGAGAAGCUUCUCGAACCUGUGGACGAUCACUCAGAGGUCAGAGGAAAAUGGUUUAAUUUGGCUACUACUUCCAACAAUGAAGUCUUCCAGGGAUUCAUGAACCGAUCUCUGGGCUCCUGGAAAGACAUUACAGAAGAUGGAAAUGAAACAGUGAUGAUACGACAUGACAAUCUAAAUGGCCAAUGCGUUUAUCGCGUUGCUCGUCUGACGGUGUCUAAGAAUCAAGUGAUAUAUAACUUUGGGAAAGGACAAUCCAAGGUCCAAUACACUUGUAAAUUCAUCAAGACCAAGAAAGAAUCUGUUCUUGGUUUCUUAUGUGAUAUAGACUUAUUUCUGCAAGAAAAUUCUGUUGGACAAUUUUUUAUCCUUUUGGGGAGGACUGAACAUCUAAGUAACAAAGACAAGAAACAUUUUGAAAAAAUGGUGGAAUGUGCAGGAAUGACCAACAUCCACUAUCCACCAAAUGAAGAUAUGUGUGGUGAAGACGAGGAGUGA